AUGUCUUGGACUAAACCUAGAAUACUAGAGUGGCUAACGAGCAAAAAUAUUUCAUUCGAAGCAACAAUGGUUAAAGCUACUCUUAUAGACAUUGUACGGCAGCACAAGCAAGAACAUUGCGAUAAGUAUGUUGUGGACGAGAUGGCAGCGCAGCAUGGGAUAAUUGUUUUACGUCUGCCCCCAUACCACUGUGAGCUCAAUCCCAUUGAGUUGGUAUGGGCGCAGGCUAAAGGAUAUGUUGCAAGAAAUAACAAAACCUUCAAAAUGACAGAAGUAAAAAAACUUUUUGAAGAAGGACUUCAACAUAUCACACCUGAAAAAUGGAAUAGCUGCGUGUCUCAUAUAAUUAAAAAAGAAGACAAAAUGUAUGGUCUCGACCACAUGAUUGACAAUGUUACUGACAGAUUUUUAAUUAAUGUCACCGAAAGCGAUAGUGAUGAUUUUUUAUCUGAUAAUGAAUAA